AUGGGAGCCAACGCCAUUCAUAUCUCUUACUGCAUCAGUAAAUUAUUUGCAAAUACUUCUAUCCAGGAGGAGGGGCCCAUGGCUCCCGCGAACACUUAUGGUUACAGUAUCAAUCCAAAUGUUCGUAUUGGCAACGGUCUACCGAUACUCGAAAUGGAAUCAGAACUAAGACAUUACGAAGUACAGGAUCCAUAUGGCAGGGGGUAUUCUGAUAAUAAAGAUCAGUAUCUCUGUCUUUGGGAGGUCACGUCUGACGAAGUCGUGGCACACUGGGACUGGGACGGCCUUCUCGAGGACGUUUGUUGGGACGGGGACAAAAUCUUACCUGCUUUCAAAGAGCAGAACGUUCGCUUCUUAGGUAGAUGUCAGACUGAGACGACUUGUCAUAUGUCAACGCUGCACAGUACUUUGCCCAUCAUUUUAUCUUGGAACAAAGACGAACUAUCUGCAGCAGACCUGGACCAUUCUCGCAAAUCAGACUCAUUUUCCAAUGCAAAUCGGAGUUCCUCGGGCGAUGAGGAGAAUUGGCAGAUUGGGGAUGACACUUGUUGGGACACAGACUAUGAAGCGGAGGAGUCCAACGCGAUUGAUGAUGUAUAUAACAUUCUUGAAGGUGACUUUUGA